AUGGAGAAGAAUAGUCAUGGAGAGCUCGAUGUAUUGGAGAGACAGAAGCUCCGCAAAUCAAUGGGGGAUCUCAAAGCCGGUGCUUCUAAUAUAUUGUUAUGCGAUUCCGAGAAGGACAAGUCUGAAUCUGGUAACUUGAAGAAACUGGUCGAACAAGGUACACAAGAACUUAGGUCGCAGAAAAACGAGCUGACGGCAAAGCUGGACUAUUCGACCAAGAUUCAGAAUGUGCUUGUUAAAAGUGGGAAGCAGCCACCUAUCGAUGAUGACACCAGCCAGCAAGAUCAUGGAAUCUCAGCUUCUCUUACGCACCAUGAAGUCUACAGUUUUCUCAGAGCCUUGCCUAAUCCAGCAGCAUAUGUUCUGGAACUAGUACAGAAGAUAUCACUGAAGGAUCACACAUGA